GACAAGGCCAAAAAUAUGUAGAAUAUAGAUAUUAAAACUAAUCCUUAUGGCAGCCCAAGUUGACGAGAAACAAAGGUGACGACCUGCUCUCGCUUUUCAAAUGGAACCUUUCGCACAUACGUCCUCCACUUUUCCCCUCUAACCCUUGUCUCCUCCCACCCUGAAGCCCAGACACCGGUCUCCUUCUCUCCACAUCCAUGGCGACCCCUCUGGCCUAUCAGACGAGCCCGGCGGCACCGGAUUGGCUGAACAAAGGCGACAACGCGUGGCAAUUGAUCGCCGCGACGCUCGUCGGCCUCCAGAGCGUCCCGGGCCUCGUCAUCCUCUACGGCAGCAUCGUGAAGAAGAAAUGGGCGGUCAACUCGGCCUUCAUGGCCCUCUACGCCUUCGCGGCGACGCUCAUCUUCUGGGUCCUCGUGGGCUACCGCAUGGCGUUCGGCGACAAGCUCCUCCCCUUCUGGGGGAAGGGAGCGCCGGCGCUCGGCCAGAAGUACCUGGUGCGCCGUGCCAACAUCCCGGAGACCGUCCAUUUUUACAGCAACGGCACCGAGGAGACCCACAUGACCGAGCCCUUCUAUCCCAUGGCCACACUUGUCUACUUCGAAUUCAUGUUUGCUGCUAUAACCAUCGUGCUGCUGGCCGGCUCCGUCCUGGGCCGGAUGAACAUUAAGGCCUGGAUGGCUUUUGUUCCCUUGUGGCUACUCUUCUCAUAUACGGUUGGAGCGUUUAGUCUCUGGGGAGGAGGAUUUCUCUAUCACUGGGGAGUCAUAGACUACUCCGGUGGCUAUGUCAUCCAUCUCUCCUCCGGCAUCGCCGGAUUCACAGCUGCCUAUUGGGUAGGGCCGAGGUUGAAGACCGACAGGGAGCGGUUCUCGCCGAACAAUAUACUACUGAUGCUGGCGGGGGCGGGGCUGCUGUGGAUGGGGUGGUCGGGGUUCAACGGCGGGGCGCCGUACGCCGCGAACAAGACCGCAUCGGUGGCGGUGGUCAACACCAACGUAUGCGCGGCGACCAGCCUCCUGAUGUGGACUUGCCUGGACGUGGCGUUCUUCGGGAAGCCGUCGGUGAUCGGGGCGGUGCAGGGGAUGAUGACGGGCCUCGUCUGCAUCACUCCUGGUGCAGGACUGGUGCAAACAUGGGCCGCUAUAGUGAUGGGCGUUCUAUCCGGGAGCAUCCCCUGGUUCACCAUGAUGAUCCUUCACAAGAAGUCGGCAUUACUCCAGAAAGUGGACGACACCCUCGCCGUCUUCCACACCCACGCCGUCGCCGGCCUCCUCGGUGGCCUUCUCACUGGCCUGCUCGCCGAGCCCGCCCUCUGCCGCCUUGUCCUCCCCGUCCCCAACACGAAGGGCACAGCCUACGGCGGCGGCGCCGCCCAGCUCGGCAAGCAGCUCGUCGGCGCACUCUUCGUCAUUGGGUGGAACCUCGUCGCCACCACCGCCAUCCUGCUCGCCAUUGGGAGGAUCACACCACUGCGAAUGCCCGACGAGCAGCUGAUGAUAGGCGACGACGCAGCGCACGGGGAGGAGGCGUAUGCGCUGUGGGGUGACGGCGAGAGGUAUGAUGCCACGAGGCACGCACCGGUAUUCCUAGCCGACGAUGCAAUGCAAGCGAUGCAGUCAUCCAGUGGAGCCAGGGGUGUCACAAUUCAGUUGUAGGGUAAUGGAAAUAGGGGAUGGAGGACCUUUGUUUAUUUGCUUCGUUUUUUUUUUUUUAUUUGAUGAUAGGCACAAAGAGGUGAUUUAUGCAGCGUUUUUUUUUUUUUUUGAGCGAAAAAAAAGGUAGCCAGAUUAAUUGCAGCAUGUGCUUGAUGUCGACAAGAAAGAGUGAUGCCAACCAGGCGGCCA